UCCUAACAUAUAUUUAGAGUAAGCCGGGCUUUAAAUGUUUAUCGUAAAAUACCAUGGAAAUCGAUCCCGAACUGAUGGAGGCUUUUAAAAACCUUCAGGUUUCUAUGCGGCCCAUCAGCGCUGAGGAGUUAGCCGCCUUCGAUGAACACACUCCUCUGAAGGAGCGCAAUGAGAAGCAGGAUCACCCCUCCUACUCAAAGAUACCCAGAUUUUUCGAUCCCCCACCUAAGCCAGAGGAUAAGAUCCGUCAAAUGAUGCGUAGAGAAGCCCAUUCGAUUUCUUUGCAACGGCAGGCAUUUAUGCUACCGGACACCGAUGAAUUGAAUGAGCUCUGGAAAGUCCUGCAGGAUCACGUUGAUGAAACCACAGAGGCCAAGGUCCAGUUGAUUGAGUUCGACAGCUUCAUUAAGGUUACGGAAAAACUGGGCGAAAAGUUUGAGUUUUUCCUUAGACCGCGUCUGUUCCUAUCUCUAAUGGUUAACUCUCCAGUACCAGGAAAAGCAGAGGUCCUAUCUAUUUACAAAUAUGUAACAGGGAGAGUCGAGCUGGAGCAGGGACGCAUUGGCAUCAGCUUUUACGAUGAAAUGGGGCAGGGCGUCCUGCAGGAGGUCGACUUGGAAAACUACAUAAGGGAUAUAAUACCCACUCUGGCACAAGUAUCCAAUUACUUGGAGCCCUCCUUUGAAAUCUUCUACGUCUGCACAGUUGUGAAGAAAUUCUUCUUCUUCCUGGAUCCUUUGCACACAGGGCGUAUUCGCAUAGAGGAUGCGAUUAUCACGGGAAUGUUGUCGGAAGUAUUGGAAUUAAGAAACGAAGCCAAAGAAUCCGAGGAAAAAGACGAUCAGGUGGCCGAAGAGAAUGAGCAUCGUAACUGGUUUUCCCUGGAAUCCGUCAUUGCCGUUUAUGACACAUUUUUGGGUCUGGACAAGGACCACAAUGGAUUGUUGAGCAGAGAUGAACUGGCUAAGUAUGGUUCUGGGACUUUGACAUCCGUUUUUAUGGACCGCGUUUUUGAGGUCUCUCGCACCUUUGAUAAAGAAAUGGACUAUAAAGGAUUUUUGGACUUUUUCUUCGCCUUGGAAUAUAGAGAUAAACCCCCAGCAUUGCACUACUUGUUUCGCCUCUUAGAUGUCGGUCAACAGGGCUUUUUGACAGCUCAGAAUUUGAGUUACUUCUUUGAAGACAUUGCUCGGCAAAUAAAAGCUACAAACGCGGAGCAAGUCCUCUUCCAAGACCUCAAAGAUGAAAUAUUUGAUAUGGUCAAGCCCUCUGAUCCAAUGAAAAUUACGGUCAAGGACCUAUUAAACAGUGAGCAAGGCGAGACAGUGGUCUCCAUACUAAUUGAAUAUCAGAGGUUCUCUGCCUACGAGAACCGUGACGAAAAUCGUGCCAAUAUUUAAUAUCAAGGAAUUCCCAACGGUAACCCAAAAAAAUUUAAUUAAGUCAAAUUGCCCCUGCAAUGACUUGAAAUUGUUGAAUUUUUGCGUUUUUCGCAAUUGUAUUGUUCAAAUUAAAUGUGUA